AUGAUAGCACAAGAAACAUCUAAGGACCCUGAUCUGACAAAAAUAAUAAAAGAAAUCAACGCCGGAACAAGCUAUUUACAGGAAUAUACACUGCAAGGUAAUAUUUUAUUCCGAGAUUCACGAGUAUACAUCCCAAAAUUUUUUCAAAAGACAAUAUUGGACGAACUUCAUGUAACACAUCCAGGCAUAGUUCGCAUGAAACAGCUAGCGAGAAGAUACUGUUACUGGCACAAUAUUGAUCGAGAUAUUGAACAAGUAGUACGGUCAUGUCAAGCCUGCGCCCUGAACCAAAAAUCUCCAGCAAAAGCACCAACACAUCAUUGGGAAGAACCACAGGAAAAUUUUCAAAGAGUUCACAUUGACUACGCUGGACCCAAAAAUGGUAAUUUCUACUUUAUAUUAAUUGACGCGAAGUCUAAAUGGCCCGAGGUCAGAGCAAUUAAGAAAGCACCGGACACGUCCACAACAAUGUCUCUUCUAGAGGACAUAUUUUCCUUUCACGGUUAUCCAAAUUUCUUGGUAUCCGACAAUGCAACGAUUUUCAAAAAUCAGAUAUUCGAUAAAUACUGCAAGGACCGAGGCAUCACUCAGAUAUUCAUUGCGCCAGGACAUCCUGCAACCAAUGGACUUGCAGAAAGUCCAGCAGAGCUGUACUUGCAUCGUCAGCUACGUAUUCGUUUAGAUGCGAUAAGACCUACUAAAGAGUUACCAUCAACUGUUCCACAAAAUGGUACGAUACGUAGUCUCAAAACUGGUGACCGAGUAACUGUUCGAGUUUACAGAAACAAUAAACCACCAUGGGAACUAGGAUUCAUCACGCAAAAGUUGGGCUCAUUACAUUACAUUGUUAAAUUAGACAGUGGUUAUAUAUUUAAAAGACAUAUUGACCAACUCAGACUCGUGAAUGUCCCAGCUCCGAAGCCAACAAUCCAGAAGACUCCAACUCAACAACCUAUCGUACAAGAUCGUCGGACAGUUUCAUUUUCAGAUCAUGAUGUGAUAGUGUGCCAUCAUCCGGUAUCUCAAGCACCAUCAUCAACACAGGCUGCAACUGAAACUCCAACUUCACGUCCUCAAGCAUCAGCAGAAGCUGUAACUAGAACUGUACCUCCACAUCCAGAGGUCCACACUCCACGACGUUCAGGAAGACAAACCAAACGCCCUAUUAGAUUCCAAUAUUAA